CUUUACCGUAUGCAUUUCUGCCUCAUUAUGCAAAUGAGGAGGGCUGCCUUCUUGCUCCAGCUCCUCUGCUAUUGGUCAACAAACAAGAAGGAGCAGGAUCCAUGUGCAGAUCGAUUGUGCAUGCCUGGGUCUUUGACUUCUGUUUUAACAACCAACGUAUUGUAAUGGAGGGAGCGGAAAGACGGUCUGUGUCGGACUUGUUAAGGGAAGCUGCAAAUAGAUUGGAUGAGUUGGAACGCGCAUCUGCCGGUUCAACUCCACAAGCACAAGGCCCCACCAUAACGCCAAGGAUCAACACAAUGUCAACAACACCUGGAAUGUCAAAUGUUGCAGGACGACAUCCUGUUGAUGUUGAGGUGUCAAGACUGUUUACAAGCAGAUCAAGUAGAAGGCAUCAAAGACGCAGCAAUGCAACUGUCAGCCUCGCCACAUAUACACACAUUUUUUGUUGCCUUGGGCGAAAAGAUUCAACAGUUGUUCCGAGGCGACCAGAGAAGGAAUGUCUCCAAAGGGCAGGACUAGGUGAGCGGCGCAUAUGUUUCCGAGGUGACUUUCACAGCUGUGAGGAAUUAACAGAUUGUCUUUAUCAAAACUUUCCAAAGUUGAGGACUGCAGGGGGCUAUGAGUUGCUCAAAAGCUCUGGUAACACAAGGAGCCGCCAGCUCUCUGUUAUACAGUGCCCAAAUGAAGGGUACAGUGUGCAAUAUCUGAAGGAACCAAGCACUAUGAUUCACCACUCUAUAAUUUACAUCCGCCCUCUACAGUGCCAUCUCAGCUUGGAGCCGGAAGAAACUGAGGGACCUUCUAACACAUAUUUUGGACCACUGAUGCCAUGUCUUCUUUGUGGAGAGGAAUUUCCGUUUUCACAGAUAAGACGAUCACAGGAUGACAGGGAAAGACAGACUGAAAGUGAGAAUGGAGAGGAAUCUGUCCCUUCCACCAGUGGGGCAAGUCGCAGCUCUUCACGGCAACAAGUUGUAGAUAUAGUGGUGACACUGGAGACAGGUUCAGAUCAGGCUGGUCCUUCAACUGCUCUAAGCACACAGCAGCCUAAUCCUCCAGAUAUUCAGAGGGACCUCGGACAUGCUUGGAUUACAGAAGUAGUUCCAGCCAAAGCGUCUGAGCUGUACAUUGAGUCAGUACAUGAAGCAAACAAGGAUAAAGAGAGUCUUUCAUUUACCCUGAGUUUAAGAGAUACCCUGAAGGAAAGGAACCGUGCCAUUCUGAGAUUCUACAAAAGGCCACGGGUGCAGUGGACUAACCCACUGCGAUGUCAUCUCAUAGGUGAUGCUGCCAUUGGAGAGGGUGUUAAUAGACAUGUACUUUCAAUAGUCAUGUCAAACCUUCAGAAUGGAUUCUUGCUUGAUGACGAAACUGAACUGAAGACAUUGCUGUUUGAGGGUGAGCAGGACCAUCUCACUCCCUCUACAUCGAGGCUGCUCCUAGAAAGCGACUUUUUCGUGGUGGCGGGUCGAAUUAUCGGCCACAGCUUUCUGAAUGGUGGUCCUUGUCUGGUUGGUCUCAGCCAAGGAAUCAUCCAUGUGCUGUUUGGAGGGGAACCAGAAACAGCCACUGUAACUGAGUCAGAUUGUGCUGACCAAGAUGUCCGUGAGGUCAUAAGAAUGUUACAGGGAACAAAGGAUUUGUCAGAGGAGGAGAAAUCCGUGGUUCUCUCUUUGACGUUGCCAUGGGAUCUUCCUGGAGUUACAGUCAAUAACAGACAUUGGCUCCAAGAAAAAAUACUCCUCCAUGCUGUUUUGGAAAGAACAGCACAACAGGUGAAACAAAUCCGAAGAGGGCUGAAAGACACAGGUGUGUGGGAAUUUUUCAGUUCCAGGCCUGAUGCUGUGCCAGUACUUUUUCCAAGGGCCAGUGAGGCAGAGAUAACCCCACAGAUGGUAAUCGAUAACAUAAACUGGCCUAAAGAUGAAGAUAUAGAUGAAGACAUACUCUCGUUGGAUGAUCACUGUCUGAUCAUGAGCUUCCUCCGAAGAUUCAUAGAAAAUGGAACAUCAGACAUCCUCAAGAGUUUACUAACAUUCUGGACUGGCUGGGGUGUGGUAUGCUCCAAUCUCGAGGUCGAAGUUAUUGACUGCAGUCUCCCACAGUCGUCCACUUGCUUCCUGACUUUGAAGCUAUCCAAAAACCACAAAAACUAUGAAGACUUCCACCAAGACCUUAUGGCAAGCAUUUCUUCGGCCUAUUCUGGUUUUGGUCAGAUUUAAGCUGGGCCAUUUAAACAACGAAUGUUGUUGGUUAUUGGUAUUAUUACUUUUAAAUUGUUCUUAUGGUUCAGUCUCUUGAUAGAUAUGGAUAUUCUGGAAUAAUCCACUUGUUAAUUAUGUAUUAGAAUUUGACAGUACUCAGCGUUGUUGUUGUUCUGAUCAACUAUAAAAACAGUUCCAUAUUAUUGUAGGACGUUUUCUGAAAACAUUUGCUUAAAAAAAGAGAUUAGACCAACAAAGUCAUGAAUAGACAUAGCUUAAUUACAAACGGUUAAAUCUGAUAUUAUCAACGAAUUCUUAAUGAAAGCUGAAAUGGUUUCAUAACAGUGAUUUUAUUACAUAUAUACAUAUCUGUGCAAAACAGGUCAAUGUUCACGUCUGGAUACAAGAUGCCUGACCUGAUAUAUUGUAUCUU